GGCUGUUUCCAAGGUGACGGAGAGGCGGCCUCGGUGGUGGAUUGAGCGGGUCUGAGCCAGGUUCCCAGAGGGCAGCGCGUCCAGGCAGCUCGGCGCUGUCAUGGCGGGGUUGCUGAAGAAGACCACUGGCCUUGUGGGAUUGGCUGUAUGUGAAACUCCACAUGAGAGGCUAAAAAUACUGUAUACAAAGAUUCUUGAUGUUCUUGGACAAAUACCUAAAAAUGCAGCAUAUAGAAAGUAUACAGAACAGAUUACAAAUGAGAAGCUAGGUAUGGUUAAAGCGGAACCAGAUGUUAAAAAAUUAGAAGAGCAACUUCAGGGUGGCCAAAUAGAAGAGGUGAUUCUUCAGGCAGAAAAUGAACUAAGUCUGGCAAGAAAAAUGUUGCGGUGGAAGCCAUGGGAGCCUUUAGUGGAAGAGCCUCCUGCCAACCAAUGGAAAUGGCCAAUAUAAAUAUCAUUAGAUGACUUGUGUGUUGAUGAGAAACUGAUGUAAUUAAAUAUUGUGUAAUGUUAAAAAUGUUUCCAUGUUAUUGAUAUAUUAUAAUCAAGAAAAUUGAUGGAGAACAUAUUUUGGGGACUUGCUAAAAUUGAUGAAUAUGGUAAUAGGGAGUUUGAGUCAGUUUUGAUUUGUAGAGUAGUCAUUCAAAUUGUUUCAAAGAUGAUUCUUUAUAAUCAGAAGUUGUGGGAAAAUCUGAAAGUUAAUUGGAAAAAUCCCUAUAGAUUUUUACUGCAGAAGCUGCAUUUGAAAGGUGAAGUAUUUUUUAGUACUACCUUCAACACAUCAUUUGAUUUUUUUAUUCUGAAAAAGCAUAAAUGUACUUUUACUAUUGUUUAAACAAAUUUAUAGGUCACUGUUUGAAGUGAAGUAGUAAUAGUAAAAACUUCAAAUCAGAAUUCAUUGUACAAUUGAGAAAAUUGAUUUUCGUAUUCAAAAGAAAGAUUUUUUUUAUUUACAGGUAGUUGGAAAAACUUUUCCACUUGUCUAAUUUAAGGAAGUUAGCCUUCUGGCCCUUGGCCUUUAGUUUUCUUACUCAACUAAAGUACAUCAGGAUAUGGAAUUUCUGUAAAAGAGAUAUUAAGAGUUCCUAAAGUUUGUCUGGCAUACAGAUAGGCUUAUAUUCAAAAUAUCUUAGUUGUAUGGUUAUAACGUCAAAGUGGAGUCACUAAGUAGUUUUCAUUAGUUUCCAAUAUGAGUGCAGUCAGAUAUCAGAUAGAAGAUAAAUGCUAUUCAAAGAAAGAAGCAGUUUGACAAGUUUAAGGCUAAACAAAAUAAAAUUACUUUGCAUAUGUAUUUAACUUUUCUUCCUAUCUCCCAUCAUUUCUAAAUACUUAGUCAAAUUUGGUAUUUCUUACCUUCAAAGUACUUUUGUUUUUUGUGUAUGUAUGUGCAUGUAUAUUUUGCUAUCUCUUGUGGUAAAACAACCUUUUAGAAUAUUUAGAAUAAGAAAAAAUAAGUAUUUUUCCCCAGUAUUUCUUCCUUUACAGAGCUAUAAAUUGAAUAUUAAGUGAAUAUUAAACGAAAUACUUUAGCAGUCAAACUGAAAGAGAAAGCUUCUGUAGGGGGAGUGAGAAAAGCAGUGGAGGGAGAGUCAAAUCCAGAAGUUCUCAUUCUCUUGGUUCUAGUGCCAUCGUGACUCAGUGUCUAAGUGGAGGCAAGUUGUCAAUCUCUCAGAAUGGCCUAUUUAUUUCCUUCUCUGUAAAAGAAGUAGAAUAUGAUUUAUAACUCCCCUUUCAGUUCUAACCAUUUGCUUUAAUAUAUACUACAUUUUAUUUAUUUAUUUAUAAAAAUUGAAGUUCAGUUGAUUUACAAUGUUGGCUUGGUUUAAAAAAAAGAAAACCAUUAUGGUUUAUCACCCUAUACUAUAUAGUAGGACCUUGUUUAUCCAUUCUAAAUAUAAUAGUUUGCAUCUGCUAACCUCAAACUCCCACUCCAUCCUUGUCCCUUCCUUCCUCACAACCGCAAGUCUUUUCUCUAUGUGAAUCUGUUUCUGUUUUGUAGAUAAGUUCAUUUGUGUCAUAUUUUAGAUUCUACAUAUGUAUUAUAUUUAUUGAGAUCAAAAUAUAUAAUCUUAAGUCGUGUUUGCAUAGAUAUUUUCAAGCUGAUUUUCUGGCCAACCAUUUUUCAGAUCCUUUGGGCACAUGAAAACAGAAAGAUGGUUUGAUACAACUUUCAGCUUCACUUCUCGCAUGAAACUUGGGCUUCUUGUAUAUUUUAUCAGCAGAGCUCCUGUGGCUGUUAAUAAAAGGGAGCUUACAUGAUUAUAUACAUUGGAAAUGCUAGUUAUAUACUAGUGGUCAUAGUCAUGGUCGUAAUAAUAACUAAUGUUUGUUAAUGUUUGCUAGGCACUUUUCAAAGUACUUGACUAAUGUUACUUAUUAAAUCUGCACUACAACUCUGACGAGUGAGAGCCUGCAAAUCAUCCACUUUUCCAGAGAAGGAAACUGGAAUUCAACUGUGAGUAGUGCUCCCCUGCGGUUAGGCCACAUGGGGACCUGAAGAAACUGAGUUAGAGAGACAGUGUAAUAUCACUCAAGUCACAGAGUAGGAUGUGGAGCUAAGUUUGAACCUAGACAGCCUCGCUCCAGAACCCAUGCUGCCAACCGUUAAUGUUAUUCUUUAUGAGUACACUUGGGAUGCUCUCCCUCCUGCCUGUAUUGUAUGAGCUUCACCAAACGAACCUAGAUCUGCCUUCUUGACUUACUCUGUCAAAGGACCUAUAAAGAACAAAUGUGAAUAGAAGUAA